GUGGAUCGGAAAAAGCGCUUUGCGGUCAAUUCGACGCCACUUCGCUUUUAGAGGGGCAGCAGCGACAAUAAGGCAGGAGAUGACAGAAGAAACUGAAGAAAAGGCUAGAGUGAACUUUCCCUUUCCUUAUGCACCAUAUCCCAUUCAAGAGCAAUUUAUGGCUAAACUUUAUCAGGUCUUGGAGAUGGGAAAGAUUGGCAUAUUUGAGAGCCCAACUGGCACAGGUAAAUCAUUAAGUUUGAUUUGUGGUGCUCUCUCGUGGCUCCGGGAUUUUGAAGAGAAAAAGAAACUGGAGGAGACCCAGCUAUUAGCAAGUAAAAUUGGUGGAAAAGAUGCAGAAGAUGAACUCAAGAAAAACAAUACAAAGCCUUUAGCCAGCCAGCCAACGACCAAUGAACCAGACUGGAUAAUGCAAUUUGUGCAGGAGAAAAAAGAGCAGGAAAUGAUACAUAGACUGAAGGAAGAGCAGAUCAAGAGGAAGAAACGAGAAACAUACCUUGAGCAAAUUCGACACAAUGUGAAAUUGAAAUAUGUGUCUAAAAGGAAGCGGAUGGAGGAGAAGGAGGCAGAGCACCUGCUUCAGCUCAGCAAGGACAGCUUGUCUACCUCUGCUGAGCCUGAUUCUUUGGAGCUUUCCGAUGUGAGUGAGGAAGAUCUGAUCCUUACAGAAUACGAGAGUGACGAGGAGCAGAAAAUAGGAAAUAGGUUAACUGGAGUGGAUAGUGAUGAAGAUGAUGAUGACCUACAGGAAGAGCAUGUUGCAAAGAUUUAUUACUGCAGCCGGACACAUUCCCAGCUGGCUCAAUUUAUCCACGAAGUUCAGAAGAGCCCUUUUAGUAAGGAGACUCGCCUGGUGUCUUUGGGCUCUAGGCAGAACUUAUGUGUGAAUGAGGAAGUGCGAUGCCUGGGAGCCAUCCAGCUCAUCAAUGAUCGUUGUAUGGAGAUGCAGAAGAAUAAAUGUGAGAAAAAGAAUACAGGAGCAGAGACAGCCGAGGUGAAGAAGAGACGUGUGAGCCGAACGGUGUGUCCAUUUCACUCCUAUGAGUCUCUGCAGCUGCUUCGGGACGAAGUGCUGGUAGAAGUGAAAGAUAUAGAGCAGCUGGUUUCUCUGGGAAAAGAAAUGAAGGCCUGCCCUUAUUAUGGAAGCCGGUACGCCAUCCCAGCUGCUCAGUUGGUAGUGCUGCCAUACCAAAUGCUUCUGCAUGAAGCUACCCGAAGGGCAUCUGGGAUCCAGCUGAAGGAUCAGGUAGUGAUAAUUGAUGAAGCUCACAAUCUGAUUGAUACCAUUGCUUCCAUCUACAGCACUCAGGUGACAGGCUCACAGCUGUGCCGCGCCCACUCCCAGCUACUUCAGUACAUGGAACGAUACAGGAAACGCUUGAAGGCCAAGAAUUUGAUGUACAUUAAACAGAUUUUGUUUUUGCUGGAGAGGUUUGUGGCUGUCCUGGGAGGAAGUGUAAAUCAGAAUCCAAAUGCGCAGAGCAUACCAGAAGGAGGGGUGCAGCUGAAAUCCAUCAAUGACUUUCUGUUCCAGUGUCAAGUUGACAACAUCAAUCUCUUCAAGGUGCAGCGUUACUGUGAGAAAAGUUGCAUCAGCAAGAAGCUCUUAGGAUUUGUGGAACGAUACGGAGUUUUCAAAACCAGGAAAGACGCCCCAAAGUUGUCUGGUUUGCAGAACUUUUUGCAAACCUUGAACAAGAGGGCAGAAAACGAAGGGGCUCUGCAAAGUUCUCCCGGAGAAGGUGAGGACGACCACCCCAAAAUGGCAUCUCCACUCAUGCACAUCGAGAGUUUCCUAGCCGCGCUCACAAAUGCAAACCAAGAUGGGAGAGUCAUUCUCAGCAGGCAAGGUACUUUAGCCCUGAGCAGCCUCAAGUUCCUUUUGCUCAAUCCAGCUGUGCAUUUUGCCACGGUGCUGAAAGAAUGUCGAGCUGUGAUCAUCGCUGGGGGCACCAUGCAGCCGGUGAGUGGUGAAUUGGGCACCGUUUUUGGGUGAUGGGCAAUCACUUUUAAAUAGCAAAUGAUUGAAGGAGCUGAUUUCCCACCCCCUUAGC